AUGGCAGGCAUCUUCGAACAGUCUCGCAGCGGGGGAACUCUGUUCCUCGGCGGCCAGAAAAUUAGCGGGCAGGAUAUCCGCGACGAGAACGUCCUCGCGACCCAGGCAAUCUCAAAUGUGGUCAAGUCUUCCUUUGGCCCCUCCGGGCUCGACAAGAUGAUGGUCGACGAUAUCGGCGACGUGACGGUAACCAACGACGGCGCUACCAUCCUCAGCUUGCUCGACAUCGAGCACCCCGCAGGCAAAAUCCUCGUCGAUUUGGCACAGCAGCAGGACAAGGAAGUCGGUGAUGGCACAACAUCCGUAGUCAUAAUAGCUGCGGAGCUGCUGCGGAGGGCGAAUGAGCUCAUGAAGAACAAAAUCCACCCCACCACCAUCAUCACAGGCUACAGGCUGGCGCUGAGGGAGGCGGUCAAGUACAUGAACGAGAACAUCAGCACAAAGGUCGACGCCCUCGGUCGCGACUCUCUGGUCAACAUUGCGAAGACGUCCAUGUCUAGCAAGAUUAUCGGUUCCGACUCGGACUUUUUCGCCAAUAUGGUCGUGGAUGGCAUGACUGCUGUCAAGAUGACAAACAACAAGGGCGAAACCAAAUACCCGGUAAAGGCUGUCAACAUUCUCAAGGCCCAUGGUCAGAGCGCUACCCAAUCGAUACUGGUCAAGGGCUAUGCCCUGAACUGUACAGUCGCUUCGCAAGCCAUGAAGACGCGCAUUACCGACGCUAAAAUCGCCUGUCUGGAUAUCAACCUACAGAAAGAGCGGAUGAAGCUAGGUGUUCACAUCACGAUUGACGACCCUGAGCAACUGGAGAAGAUCCGGGAACGUGAAGCCGGCAUUGUCGAGGAGCGGAUUGAGAUGAUCCUGAAGGCUGGCGCCAACGUCGUCUUCACAACAAAGGGCAUUGAUGAUCUGUGCCUAAAACACUUCAUUGAGAGGGGCGCUAUUGCGGUACGAAGAUGCAAGAAGGAGGAUCUACGAAGGAUAGCAAAGGCCACUGGAGCAACCAUGGUCAGCACCUUGUCAGAUCUGAAUGGUGACGAGAAGUUCGAGGCGUCCAACUUGGGUCAUGCUGAAGAGGUAGCACAAGAGCGAAUCUCAGACGACGAGUGCAUCCUAGUCAAGGGUACCAAGGCCUUCUCUUCCGCAUCCAUCAUCCUGCGUGGAGCGAACGAUUAUGCAUUGGACGAGAUGGAGCGAUCUGUCCACGACUCCCUGUCGGCUGUGAAGCGGACUCUUGAGAGCGGACGCAUUGUUCCCGGUGGAGGCGCUGUUGAGACUGCUCUACACAUUUACUUGGAGGAGUGGGCAACAUCAGUGGGCUCCCGAGAACAACUCGCAAUAGCUGCCUUUGCACAGUCUCUGCUUGCCAUCCCCAAGACCCUCGCCAUCAACGCAGCCAAGGACGCCACUGAACUCGUCGCCAACCUACGAUCACGACAUGCCCUCUCACAACGUACAGUGAACCCUUCAGACCCCUCAUCGCAAGACGCCAAGCAGCUCGCAAAGUCGAAGAACUACAAGAACUACGGCCUAGAUCUUACGAAUGGCAAGGUGCAUGACUGCCUAAAGGCGGGUGUGCUUGAGCCGAGUAUGAGCAAGGUCAAGCAAUUGAAGUCUGCGGUAGAGGCGUGUGUAGCCAUUAUGCGUAUUGAUACCCUGAUCAAACUGGAUCCGGAGGAGAGGGGUGGUGGCGAGGACGACGGACAUGGGCAUUAG